GUCAUCGUCCACUAAUAUAAUAUUGUAGUCUUUGAUAUAUUGAUUACAUACUCUUUGGUCGUCCAUGGUUCGUGAUGUUGCUGAAUAAAAUGUAAUAAAAUUAUUCCAAAAUAUAUUGAAUUGAAAUUAAAUUCAACUAAAUUUUUAUUCACACAAAGCGUGCAAUCUACAAUAAUUAUGGCUAAUGUAAGCGAAGAAAAUCCUUCCGAGACAGAAGAUAAGUUGAUACCUGACGACGCUACUUCGAGGCAAAUUGAACCAAUUGCUGAUGAAAAUGUCGAUAUCAAUGAACAAAUUGAUGAGCAGCGCCGCAGAAUGCAACCAACAAAAAUGGAAUCAUUCUUUGCCGUAACGAAAUCUUUAAUAAUAAGAGCGUUAGUUGUUUAUUUCAUAACAUCGAUGUUCCGUCAACCGUCAGCCCCAAAGCCUGACAUAAACAGUCCUCCUGGAGUCGUUCGCACUCCGGCCAUCAAUAUGUUUCCCAAUGGAACAGUAUUAGACAUGUACACUUAUUUAACUGAAAAAGAAUUUUUAAAAAACUUUGAAGAUGCUGAUUUAGUUUGGAAGUUACCUGGAUUAAUUUAUGGAGAUUGGGCUGGUGGCCCAAAUGGAGAUGGGACGUUUAUGCACACAACUAGUUUUGUACCCUCAGAGACAUUGAAAAAUAAUGGUUCUAUAUAUCUUCACGUUUAUAUAGUUCCAUCAGGAAAGUCACCUGAUCCAAAGGAAAAGAGCAUUUAUGCUGGAUCUUAUGUAACAUAUGGUAGAAAAAUGAUAAACAAAUACAAGAAACUGAGAUAUCUAAAAACACAUAAUUUAUUAACUGGCCAAACUGAAAAGUCUGAAGAAGAACAAAAGAAAGCAGAAACAAUGAAAGAAGAAAUAGUUUCACAUUGGCAUCCUAAUUUAACUAUUAACCUAGUAACAGAUCAAACCAAUUGGAUGCAGGGUAGUGUACCCCCUCCACUUGAUGAGUUUAUCUAUUUCUUACCUGAUGGUAAGCAAUACAAGCCAGCAGUAUUCCUAAAUGACUAUUGGAACAUGAUGAGAGAUUACGUUCCUCUCAAUAAAACAACAAGUAGCCUUCAAUUACAACUCACAUUUCAACCACUGAGUCUGUUCAAGUGGCAGCUAUAUACUGCUCAGGCAAUGAGAGACAAGUUGAGUAUGUUCUCAGCAUUGGGUGCAGAGGAACAAGAUGAAGAGCAGGACACAGUCAAGGAAUUGCUUUUAGACACAUCUCCCUAUUUAUUGGGGCUUACAAUUUCAGUCUCUAUUUUGCAUUCAAUAUUUGAGUUGCUGGCUUUCAAAAAUGAUAUUCAGUUUUGGAAUAACAGGCAGUCCCUAGAAGGUCUCUCUGUAAGAUCUGUCUUCUUCAAUGUUUUUCAAUCGACUGUUGUUCUUCUUUAUGUUCUCGACAAUGAAACAAAUGUUAUGGUUAGAAUUUCCUGCUUCAUUGGCUUGAUGAUUGAGAUAUGGAAGAUAAAUAAAGUGAUGGAUAUUAAACUGAACAGAGAAGAUAGAAUCUUUGGGAUUCCCAAGCUAACAUUCACAGACAAAGGCUCCUACGUAGCAUCUAGCACCAGGGAAUAUGAUAUGUUAGCAUUCAGAUACCUCAGCUGGGCAUGUUUUCCUCUUUUGAUUGGAUAUGGGGUUUAUUCCUUGCUAUAUCAAGAGCACAAAGGAUGGUACUCUUUUGUUCUUAACAUGAUGUAUGGUUACCUCUUAACUUUUGGAUUUAUUAUGAUGACACCUCAAUUAUUUAUUAAUUAUAAAUUGAAGUCUGUUGCACAUUUGCCUUGGCGCAUGAUGACAUACAAGUUCCUUAAUACAUUUAUUGAUGACAUCUUUGCAUUUGUAAUCAAAAUGCCGACUAUGUAUCGUAUUGGCUGUUUCAGAGAUGAUAUUGUAUUCUUCAUAUUCUUAUACCAGCGUUGGAUUUACAAGGUUGACCACAAACGUGUCAAUGAGUUUGGGUUCUCUGGAGAGAUGGAACAGCAACAGAAACAAUCUGAGAAUGGUAACCUUGCCAUCACGGAAGGUGAUCAAGGCACCACAGAUAAGAAAAAUGAUUAAAUUUUAGAUAAUUUUUAGCUAGUUAAUGUUAUGACACAUCAGUUAAUAUAUAAAACUUAAUUUUGCUUAGCAAAGUAAUAUUAUGUAUUGUGCAUGUUUUAUAUGAUUGUAAAUCUUAAAGUCUGUCUGAACAACAUGAUAAGAAGAAAAUAAUAUUCUAUUGUGAACCAGUACAAAUAAAUUAAUGUUAACAAAAGGUGUUUAU